UGUUUAAAAUGCUUUAGUAUUCUCAGUCAGUGCAGAGCCAGACACUGAGAGAGAGACACUGCUCACAGCUUGUCCUGCUUAUACACACAUCUACCUACCUACAGCACUGCAACUUUCUGUUCUGGAGCAACACACACAUCGUCUCAUCUGCAGAGGACAGGAGGACAAGAGGACUGGAGGACAGGAGGACAGGAGGACAGGAGGACUGGAUAGGGAAAACACAGGAGAGGACCACACUAAAUAUUAUAAUACGACUUCACGAUCUCCAACUCCAGCCCUUCUCCACCUCUGAGGUAGAUACGACUUCACGAUCUCCAACUCCAGCCCUUCUCCACCUCUGAGGUAGAUACGACUUCACGAUCUCCAACUCCAGCCCUUCUCCACCUCUGAGAUGGCCAACACCGUAACGUCGCUGUGCUGUGUGGUGCUAGCUGCCGUGGUGGUGGCGUACGCUCAGAGACGCAGCCAAACAGGAGCCAGUAUUCAGUAUGAGCGUAUGGGUGGGGACGUGACCAUGCAGUGUGGCUCUCUGGACAGCGAGGCCAGCGUGACGUGGAAGGUAAACGGGACGGACGUGAAGGCACGCCAUCGGGAAGAGGGGUCUAGACUCAUACUGAUGGAGGUGGACCUCUCUAACAACGGACUCUACACCUGCUUCCAGAACCCCAACGGAGAACGACGGGACCAGAUCAACCUGCGUAUCGGAACUUCCCCUAGGGAACCCACGGUGAUGUGUCGCUCCAACACCUACCCUAAAGGUUUCUACUGUAGCUGGCACCUACAGCACCCCACCUCCAUACCCACAGACUUCGAUGUCAACGUCCAACACAACCAGAAGUCCCUCGAAGCAACCAGGGACGCGGUCCAUAAGAACCGCUGUCACGUUAAGUUCCUUGAGGUGUUCAGUAGCUACCCUUACAGAGUCAACGUCACGGCCGUCAACGCCCUCGGAAGUGCCUCCACUGCCAUCACCUUCGAAGAGUUCAACAUAGUGAAGCCAGACCCCCCUGAGAAGGUGGUGGCCACGCCCAUACCUAACAACGUUCGUCGUCUGGAGGUCACCUGGAAUAGCCCUUCUACCUGGCCAGAUGUAGAGAGCUUCCCCCUGAAGUAUUUCCUACGAUACAGGCCCCUCAUCAGAGACCAGUGGCAACACGUGGAGUUGUCAGACAGCACGGCCCACACCAUAACGGAUGCGUACGCAGGGAAGGAGUACAUUAUCCAGGUGGCGGCGAAGGACAUGGAGAUCGGCACCUGGAGUGACUGGAGCGUCGCGGUGCACGCCACCCCCUGGAUGGACGAACCCAAACAGAUCACCUCCACCACUGAGCAGGAGCCCCUCCUCGACACUACACCUUCCCCAGCCCCUCCCUCAGCAGAGCCCCAUCGGGCGGGCGUCCCAGUUGAUGAUGCUUCCUCAACUCUCCUCUCACCCCUCCUCUGGUUCUCCUGCUGUCUGCUGCUAGGGGCCCUCAUGUGAUGUAAAUGUUUAAUUACUGUGGAAGAAAUUAAGGAGAGUCUUCUAUGUCUCUGCACAUGUUAAUGGACAUCCUACAUUGAUCAUUUAAUUCAAGUUUCACACAACGUUAAGUAGAAAAUAAAGAGAGAUUAUGAAGUCAAAGUUAAAAAGAUUUAAAAAAUAUAUAAAAAAAUAAGAAAACAUCAACAACAACAACAACAGGUACUAACAGACAACAAAGCUACAGAGCUACAGAUAUCAUUGAUUGAUUGAUUACCACUGAUUGAUUGAUUACCACGGACUCCAACACAGAAACAGGACUGUCUCCAGGGAAGAAGGAUCUGACACUGCUGGGCAGCACAACAGACUGAUUUCAUUCUCCAUCUUUUAUUUUGGUUUUAAUUGAUUUUGUAAACAAUUGUAUUCAUUAUCCGGUGAUAUUUGAGACACUUGUAAAGAUCCCAAGAUCCUUUCUUUGACAUACAGCUAACUCGUCAUGCCAAAGACUUGUCUUGGAGAAGUUUUCCCACAAUCCUUAGCUUCCUGAAGCCUGUGCCUGUGUAGAAAGGAUGGAACCUGGAGGAUUUGGUAACUCCAGGAAUCUGCAUCUGACCGACUGACAAGAAAUUUUCACAACAAAACAGAGAACUAACUAACACUUUGGAGAAAUCCUGAAUAAGCCUUCUUUACCUGUUAUUGGUUUGUUUUGCUUCUGCUUCACUCAGCGACCACCAAGAGAGUUUAGCUGUAAAAACACUAUGGGUUUUUCUAUUGAGGAAAUGCAGUAGAGAUCCAUCUUUUGGGACCUCAGAGCUCUCAAACAAGGCUCCAUACAUUAGGCCGUCAGUCCUCCAGAGGAAUUAACGCUCUGUGUAAAACACAUGAGGUUGCCUUUGACAUUAAAUACCCAUUUAAUAUCACAAUUGUUAUUGUUGUGCUCUGUCAUACAGGACCAGUCCAAAGUUUGAACACCUACUCAUUCAAAGGUUUUUCUUUAUUUUGACUAUUUUCUACAUUGUAGAAUAAUAGUGAAGACAUCAAAACUAUGAAAUAACACAAAUGGAAUCAUGUAGGAAUCAAAAAAGUGUUAAACAAAUCAAAAUAUGGAAAUAAUUCAGACCCCAUAAUUUUUUUCCACAUUUUGUUGCAUUACAACUAUAUUCUAAAAUGAAUCAAAUAAAUAAAAAUCCUCAACAAUCUACACAAUACCCCAUGAUGACAUCACAAUACCACAUGAUGACAUCACAAUACCCCAUGAUGACAUCACAAUACCUCAUGAUGACAUCGCAAUACCCCAUGAAGACAUCACAAUACCCCAUGAUGACAUCACAAUACCCAGUAAAGACAAAGCAAAAACAAGAUUUUAGACAUGUUUGCACAUUUAUUAAAUAUAAAAAACAAAUUUUAUAUUUACAUAAGUAUCCAGACCAUUUGCCAUGAGACUCUAAAUUGAGCUCAGUUGCAUCCUGUUUCCAUUGAUCAUCCUUGAGAUGUUUCUACAACUUGAUUGGAGUCCACCUGUGGUAAAUUCAAUUGAUUGGACAUGGUCUGGAAAGGCACACACCUGUCUAUAUAAGGUCCCACGGUUGACAGUGCAUGUCAGAGCAAAAACCAAGCCAUGAGGUCGAAGGAAUUGUCCGUAGGGCUCCGAGGCAGCAUUGUGUCGAGGCACAGAUCUGGGGAAGGGUACCAAAACAUUUCUGCAGCAUUGAAGGUCCCCAAGAACACAGUGGCCUCCAUCAUUCUUUAAUGGAAGAAUAUUGGAAUUACCAAGACUCUUCCUAGAGCUGGCCGCAUGGCCAAACUAAGCAAUCGGGGGAGAAAGGCAUUGGUCAGGGAGGUGACCAAGAACCCGAUGGUCACUCUGACAGAGCUCCAGAGUUCCUCUGUGGAGAUGGGACAACCUUCCAGAAGGACAACUAGCUCUGCAGAACUCCACCAAUCAGGCCUUUACGGUAGAAUGACCAGACAGAAGCCACUCUUCAGUAAAAGGCACAUGACAGCCUGGUUGGAGUUUGCCAAAAGGCACCUAAUGUCUCUCAGACCAUGAGAAACAAGAUGCUCUGGCCUGAUGAAACCAAGAUUGAACUCUUUGACCUGAAUGCAAAAUGCCACGUCUGGAGGAAACCAGGCACCAUCCCUACGGUGGUAGCAGCAUCAUGCUAUGGGGAUGUUUUUCAGCGGCAGGGACUGGGAGACUAGGCAGGAUUUGAGGCAAAGCUGAACAAAGCAAAGUACAGAGAUCGUUGAUGAAUACUUGCUCAAGAGCCCUCAGGACCGCAGACUGGGGCGAAGGUUCAACUUCCAACAGGGCAACGACCCUAAGCACACAGCCAAGAGAAUACAGGAGUGGCUUCGGGACAAGUCUCUGAAUGUCCUUGAGUGGCCCAUCCAGAGCCCCGACUUGAACCCAAUCGAACAUCUCUGGAGAGACCUGAAAAUAGCUGUGCAGCGACGCUCCCCAUCCAACCUGACAGCUUGAGAGGAUCUACAGAGAAGAAUGGGAGAAACUCCCCAAAUACAGGUGUGCCAAGCUUGUAGCGUCAUACCCAAGAAGACUCAAGGUUCUAAUCACUGCCAAAUGUGUUUCAACAAAGUACUGAGUAAAGGGUCUGAAUACUUAUGUAAAUGUAAUAUUUCAUAGUUAUUUGUUUUUAUAAAUUAGAAAGCAUUUCUUAAAACCUGUUUUUGCGUUGCCAUGAUGAGGAUUUCUUUCAAAUACAUUACAUAAAAUACUUACUCUAACGUAACAAAAUGUGAAAAACUUCAAGGGGUCUGAAUACUUUCCAAAGCCACUGUAUUUUAGAUUUGAGAUUCUUCACAUAGCCUUUGAAAUAACACAUAUGGAAUCAUGUAGUAACCAAAAAAUGUUUGUCAAAUCAAAAUAUAUUUUAGAUUUUUCAAUGUUGCCACCCUUUACCUUGAUGACAGCUUUGCACACUCUUGGCAUUCUCUCAACCAGCUUCACCUGGAAUGAUUUUCCAACAGUCUUGAAGUAGUUCCCACAUAUGCUGAGCACUUGUUGGCUGCUUUUCCUUCCCUCUGCGGUCCAACUCAUCCCAAAACAUCUCAUUUGGGUUGAGGUCAGGUGAUUGUGGAGGCCAGGUCAUCUGAUGCAGCACUCCAUCACUCUCCUUCUUGGUCAAAUAGCCCUUACACAGCUUAGAGGUGUGUUGUGUCAUUGUCCUGUUGGAAAAAAUAUUUUAGUCCCACUAAGCGCAAACCAGAUGGGAAGGCGUAUUGCUGCAGAAUGCUGUGCCAGCCAUGCUGGUUAAGUGUGCCUUGAAUUCUAAAUAAAUCACUGACCGUGUCACCAGCAAAGCACCCCCACAGCACCACACUUCCUCUUCCAUGGUGCAGUGGGAACCACACAUGCAGAGAUCAUCCGUUCACCAAAAAUCACAAAUUUGGACUCAUCAGACCAAAGGACAGAUUUCCACCGGUCUAAUGUCCAUUUCCCGUAUUUUUUGGCUCAAUCAAUUAUCUUCUGCUUAUUGGUGUCCUUUAGUAGUGAUAUCUUUGCAGCAAUUUGACCGUGAAGACCUGAUUCACGCAGUCUCCUCUGAACAGUGAGAUGCUGAGAUGGGUCUGUUACAUGACCUCUGUGAAGCAUUUAUUUGGGCUGCAAUUUAUGAGGCUGGUAACUGUAAUGAGCCUAUUAUCUGCAGCAGAGGUAACUCUGGGUCUUUUCUGUGGCGGUCCUCAUGAGAACUAGUUUCAUCAUAGCGCUUGAUUGUUUUUGCGACUGCACUUGAAGAAACUUUUCAAAGUUCUUGAAAUGUUCCGCAAUCACUGACCUUCAUUUCUUAAAGUAAUGAUGUUCUGUCGUUUCUCUUUGCUUAUUUGAGCUGUGCUUUGCAUAAUAUGGAUUUGGUAUUUUACCAAGUAGGGCUAUCUUCUGUAUACCACCCCUACCUUGUCACAACACAACUGAUUGGCUCAAACACAUUAAGAAGGAAAUAAAUUCCACAAAUUAACUUUUAACAAGGCACACCUGUUAAUUACAAUACAUUCCAGGUGACUACAUUAUGAAGCUGGUUGAGAGAAUGUCAAGAGUUUGCAAAGCUGUCCAAAAAGCAAAGGGUGGUUACUUUGAAGAAUCUCAAAUACAACAUAUUUUGAUUUGUUUAACACUUAUUUUUUUAACUUUUUUAUUUAUUUUUUUAUUUCACCUUUAUUUAACCAGGUAGGCUAGUUGAGAACAAGUUCUCAUUUGCAACUGCGACCUGGCCAAGAUAAAGCAUAGCAGUGUGAACAGACAACAACACAGAGUUACACAUGGAGUAAACAAUAAACAAGUCAAUAACAUGGUAGAAAAAAAAGAGAAUCUAUAUACAAUGUGUGCAAAAGGCAUGAGGUAGGCAAUAAAUCGAGUAAUUACAAUUUAGCAGAUUAACACUGGAGUGAUAAAUCAUCAGAUGAUCAUGUGCAAGAAGAGAUACUGGUGUGCAAAAGAGCAGAAAAGUAAAUAAAUAAAAGCAGUAUGGGGGGUGAGGUAGGUAAAUUGGGUGGGUAGUUUACAGAUGGACUAUGUACAGCUGCAGCGAUCGGUUAGCUGCUCGGAUAGCAGAUUUUUAAAGUUGUUGAGGGAGAUAAAAGUCUCCAACUUCAGAGAUUUUUGCAAUUCGUUCCAGUCGCAGGCAGCAGAGAACUGGAAGGAAAGGCGUCCAAAUGAGGUUUUGGCUUUAGGGAUGAUCAGUGAGGUACACCUGCUGGAGCGCGUGCUACGGGUGGGUGUAGCCAUCGUGACCAGUGAACUGAGAUAAGGCGGCACUUUACCUAGCAUAGCCUUGUAGAUGACCUGGAGCCAGUGGGUCCGACGACGAACAUGUAGCGAGGGCCAGCCGACUAGGGCAUACAGGUCGCAGUGGUGGGUCGUAUAAGGUGCUUUAGUAACAAAACGGAUGGCACUGUGAUAAACUGCAUCCAGUUUGCUGAGUAGAGUAUUGGAAGCUAUUUUGUAGAUGACAUCGCCGAAGUCGAGGAUCGGUAGGAUAGUCAGUUUUACUAGGGUAAGUUUGGCGGCGUGAGUGAAGGAGGCUUUGUUGCGGAAUAGAAAGCCGACUCUAGAUUUGAUUUUGGAUUGGAGAUGUUUGAUAUGAGUCUGGAAGGAGAGUUUGCAGUCUAGCCAGACACCUAGGUACUUAUAGAUGUCCACAUAUUCUAGGUCGGAACCGUCCAGGGUGGUGAUGCUAGUCGGGCGUGCGGGUGCAGGCAGCGAACGGUUGAAAAGCAUGCAUUUGGUUUUACUAGCGUUUAAGAGCAGUUGGAGGCCACGGAAGGAGUGUUGUAUGGCAUUGAAGCUCGUUUGGAGGUUAGAUAGCACAGUGUUCAAGGAAGGGCCGGAAGUGUACAGAAUGGUGUCGUCUGCGUAGAGGUGGAUCAGGGAAUCGCCCGCAGCAAGAGCAACAUCAUUGAUGUAUACAGAGAAAAGAGUCGGCCCGAGAAGUGAACCCUGUGGUACCCCCAUAGAGACUGCCAGAGGACCGGACAACAUGCCCUCCGAUUUGACACACUGAACUCUGUCUGCAAAGUAGUUGGUGAACCAGGCAAGGCAGUCAUUAGAAAAACCGAGGCUACUGAGUCUGCCGAUAAGAAUAUGGUGAUUGACAGAGUCGAAAGCCUUGGCCAGGUCGAUGAAGACGGCUGCACAGUAAUGUCUUUUAUCGAUGGCGGUUAUGACAUCGUUUAGUACCUUGAGCGUGGCUGAGGUGCACCCGUGACCGGCUCGGAAACCGGAUUGCACAGCGGAGAAGGUACGGUGGGAUUCGAGAUGGUCAGUGAUCUGUUUGUUGACUUGGCUUUCGAAGACCUUAGAUAGGCAGGGCAGGAUGGAUAUAGCUCUAUAACAGUUUGUGUCCAGGGUGUCUCCCCCUUUGAAGAGGGGGAUGACUGCAGCAGCUUUCCAAUCCUUGGGGAUCUCAGAUGAUACGAAGGAGAGGUUGAACAGGCUGGUAAUAGGGGGUGCGACAAUGGCGGCGGACAGUUUCAGAAAUAGGGGGUCCAGAUUGUCAAGCCCAGCUGAUUUGUAUGGGUCCAGGUUUUCCAGCUCUUUCAGAACAUCUGCUAUCUGGAUAUGGGUAAAGGAGAAGCUGGGGAGGCUUGGGCGAGUAGCAGCGGGGGGGGCGGGGCUGUUGGCCAAGGUUGGAGUCGCCAGGAGGAAGGCAUGGCCAGCCAUUGAGAAAUGUUUGUUGAAGUUUUCGAUUAUCACGGACUUAUCAGUGGUGACCGUGUUACCUAGCCUCAUUGAAGUGGGCAGCUGGGAGGAGGUGCUCUUGUUUUCCAUGGACUUUAAAGUAUCCCAGAACUUUUUGGAGUUAGAGCUACAGGAUGCAAAUUUCUGCUUGAAAAAGCUGGCCUUUGCUUUCCUGACUGACUGCGUGUAUUGGUUCCUGACUUCCCUGAACAGUUGCAUAUCGCGGGGGCUCUUCGAUGCUAUUGCAGUUCGCCACAGGAUGUUUUUGUGCUGGUCGAGGGCAGUCAGGUCUGGAGUGAACCAAGGGCUAUAUCUGUUCUUGGUUCUGCAUUUUUUGAACGGAGCAUGCUUGUCUAAUAUGGUGAGGAAGUAACUUUUAAAGAAUGACCAGGCAUCCUCAACUGACGGGAUGAGGUCAAUAUCCUUCCAGGGUACCCGGGCCAGGUCGAUUAGAAAGGCCUGCUCGCAGAAGUGUUUUAGGGAGCUACAUGAUUCCAUAUGUGUUAUUUCAUAGUUUUCACGUCUUCACUAUUAUUUUACAAUGUAGAAAAUAGUAAACAUGAAGAAAAACCCUUGAAUGAGAAGGUGUGUCCAAGCUGCUGACUGGUUUUGUGUUUAUAGGAUUUUGUUUCUAUUCUAAAGCUGAAGCAUUAUUGCGAUAGACAUUUAAAGGUAAUUUCCUUUAAUUUGAGCCGACAUGAGCAGCGUUUACCGUGAAUGCAGUCUCUAAAGCGUGAACAUUGCCUUUAAAUGUCAAUCAGGCCGUAAAGCUGAAGUUCCGCGAUGCGGAUUGAAUAGAGCCCCAAGUUGGGUUUUUUUCAGACAUUCAGAAUGGAUUAAUUCUCCAUGAUCAUAUUUUGUAAAAACUAUGAUAUGUAUCUUUAAAAUGAAAAAACAUUUAUUAUUUAAUAAUGUAUGUAUUAGCUUUAGAUUCUUGUAACCUGUAACUGGGUUAUUUUUAUAGAUAUAUAUACAAUGAGAGGUUGUUCAUUAAAUGUGACCAUUUCACAAUGA